AUGUGUGUAGUUUCAAUUUGAUUGAGAGACAUCAGGGUUGCUAAACAAAACAGAACCGGUCAACCCUUGCCAUGGGGAAAAUCAUUUCACUCAGCGCAGUAAUCCUCGGCUGCAUCCUACUAGCACGCGCGGAACCUGCAGCCACCACCUAUACUCUUAAUGCAGACAACAAUGGGUACGAGUACAACAGCAACCUCCUCAAUGGAGCCUACAUGGCAAGCAAAGAGGGUCACAGAGAAAACGUGGACUACUACACAGGGGGGAGUAAUGGACAAUCGUUGACCACUAGCAGGAACCAAGGAAAUCUCGAAGAAAGUUUAAGAAGCAGUUCUUACAACGCAUUUUCUCCAAGCUCCCAUAACGCUGGCUAUUCAGAGUACUCGAGUAACGCGCGCGAUAGUCUUGCUAGCAGCCCCUACCUCGUGAGCAAUCCGGCACAGUCCACUUUCGAGACUUAUACAAGUAGCAGCGGUAACGGUGAUUCCACUUUUGAGACUUACACUCAGGGCACCGAUCAAGCGGGUUCUGACUACGCUCAAUUCGCCAGUAAACCAAAGACUUCUGCCUACAUGAGAUUCGGUGAUAAUCUUUCCGGUGCUUCUAGUACAGCAGCGUACUCUGAAUUAGGUGCUGAAGCUCCGUCCUUUAAGGAGUACUCUGGCGAUGCCUUCAGAGGUCAUACAUCGCAAAGAGAAUACAUGGAUGGUGAUCAAGUCUUUAGUAGAGAGCCUUCAAAUUCAUUCCGUGGUUCUACUGACUAUCCCUAUGGCAAACAGAAGGAUAGUAUGUUCGGAAUAGGCGGAGGUAGUAAGUUCAUGAAUGAUAUGCAUCCGUUUCACUCUGAAACGCGAUAUGUGAGAGGAAACCAUGGGGCCAUGGGAUCACAUGUAUAUCUGUCAAGCUCUCCAAGUAGCCCCUUCACGAGAGGUAGCGCUGGUCCUUAUAGUUCAGGAAAAUACAGUAAAUACAAUAAGUAUAUGGGCGAAUACACUCCUAGUGGAAGUUUAAAUUAUCUUUCCAAAGAGCCAGAUGUUGAUUAUCUGCUUGGCAAUUAUGGUAAAGGUGGUGGGAAAUUGGUACCGUUUAAAGAAACCAGACCAAGUUACGGUAGUCAAGCGUAUCUUCCAGGACCUUCGUAUCUCAGUAAAAUUAUUGGAAAUUAUAAAAGUAAACCGAGUUUUAUGAGCUACUCCAGUGGCUCUCCUGCUGGUUAUUCUCCAAUGUCAAAUUUACACAGUAGUUUAGGUGGUAGUAGCUAUGCUGAUAGUCCUUUGUUAAGGAGGUACCGGAGUAGUAACUAUGUAGUACCUGCACAUACUAGCCCAUAUGUUGGUUAUUAUUAAUAUUUUACGUGAGAUGAGUGCGAUGAUGAGACAUUUGUUACGUUUUGUAUAUAUUUAUUGUAUGAAAUAUUUAAAAUUAAUUGAAGACA